UUUCCAUCCUUUUGUAGAAGUGGGCGAAAAUGAUACAGGCUUCAGGGCUUCUAAUUGUUUUGUUUGUGUGUAGCUUAUCGAUAGCUGCAGACUGGGAGUCGUUCAAAGAAAGAUAUGUUGACUUAUCUCCAACUAUUCCUCGUAUAAUUGGUGGAGAAGAAGCUACUCCCCAUGAAUUUCCAUUCCAAGUUGCAUUGGUAAUAAAUGGUAACUCGUUUUGUGGAGGUUCGUUGAUAUCAUCGAAUUAUGUUCUCACUGCAGCCCACUGUGCUAUAGCCAUCACCACCGUAGACGUUAUCCUAGGAGCCCAUAAUGUUACCGUGGCCGAAGAUAGCCAAGUGUACUUAACUGGAACGGAAGUUAUCCUUCACGAGAACUACAACUUGGUGACUUUCCAGAACGACAUAGCACUGAUCAAAUUGUCGGAAUCAGUUACAUUAAAUGAUUACAUUCAAACCGUUCCUUUGCCCAGUCGAAAUGACGCCAACAAGACAUAUGACGACGAAAUAGUAACAAGCAUUGGAUGGGGCCUUACCAAGGAUUUGGAUCACACUCCCACCUUGCGUGAUAUUUCACCUGUUCUCAGAUACGUUGAAGUUGAGGUUCACGAUCUUGAUGACUGUAGGGACUAUUACAACAGAAAUAUUUAUAAUAUAACUUACGUAACUAGUUUGAAUAUCUGUACAAGCGGUUACAGAAACAAAGGUACAUGCAGUGGAGAUUCUGGUGGACCGUUGAUCCUUAAUGGGGUUCAAAUCGGUUUAGUGUCUAUUGGAACAACCCUCUGUGAACUAUGUUCUCCUUCUGUGUUCACGGAUUUAGGAAAACAUCUGGACUGGAUUGUAGAACAUAGUGAUGUAGUUAUACAAUAGGCGUAAACAAAUUUAUUUAUCUGCAACCGUUAUGUAAUGACUAUAAUUUGACAUUGUUUCAAAUGUACCUAUUACCGCACGUAAUGACAUUGUAAAUUAGACAAGUUAGACAUUUAUCAAAUAAACGAAGUUUGUAAGGUUA